GUUUCGUUUUCUUCGGGUGGUCUUCUUAUUGUUUGGGAUUGAUGUGGCUUUAGGAUAAUAAGUGUCUUAAUUAGAAGAAUUUGAUGAAUGUUAGAGGGCUCUGGAUUAGAGUCAGUUUUGAAUGUGUUAAUUAUAUUUUUGCUCCAUGUUAUGGGGAAGGAUGGGUAUUAUUAUACUGUUUAAUCCCAGGUGGGAAGUUUGGGGUGUGUGACUAAUGGAGUGGGUUUUAGUGACUUCUAUGAGUUUAUACCAUCUUGCCAGCUAAUUGAUUUACUUAGAUGGGAAGAAUUCUUUCUUGGUUUGGAUAUGGGAAUAAAAAUAAUUGGAAAGAUAGGUUUUUUGUUGCUCAAAGUCUGUUUUCUUGUAGAUUUAGCGGGCUAUAUAUAUAAUUUAUAUGUUGAAUCUGUAAAAUUUGUGCUUUACUUUAUGUCGUUUAUUCUCACUUGCAAUCUCGGACUGUUGAUCUCCAUUAAAUAAGCACUGAUAAGUACUGAUUUUAUCUACCAUUCAAUAAUUUUUCUUGACUUAAUGUUUCCCAUUUCUUCACGUUGUUUCCAAUUGACUUUGAUAAAAGAAAUAAAGAAGAAAACAAGUAAGAUGCCAUUUCACAGCACCACUGAUCAGUAGAAAUAUGAUCUUGUUUUCUUAGUUCUACAUCCUGAUCUGAUAAGACACGCCAUUAGCCAUGGAUGGUGUUCUUUAUAACUAUGUCUCCUUGCUAUUUGUUUUGUUUAUUUGCAGCUAUAUCGUUAAGACCAUCACUAAAAAACUGUUCAGUUACCGCACUGGAGUUCGAGUUCAACACCCUCCCAGCCCACCAGCUCUACCCAUCAUCGGCCACCUCCAUCUCCUGGUAGGCUCCAGUUUUUCCAAGACGAUACACAGCCUAGCUACUCGUCAUGGUCCAGUCUUACAGCUUUACAUGGGCGCAUCAACAUGUAUCUUGGUUUCCAGUGCCGAUUUUGCAAAAGAAAUCUUGAAAACCCAAGAGCUUAAUUUCGUCUCCCGUCCAGAAUUCGCUUACUCUAAUUACAGCAUAUAUUUUGGGUCUGACUUUACUUUCGCACCCUAUGGCACUCACUGGCGGUUUUUGAAGAAGCUGUGCAUGACCAGGCUUCUCUCUACUUCGCAGCUUAAUCAAUUUAUCCCUAUUAGGGAGCAGGAGAUCAUGAAACUCUUGGAAUAUCUAAUCUCGGUGUCUAGAGAAGAAGAGUCCUGCGAUCUUGGUACGCCACUAACGACCCUGAUGAACAAUGUAAUUUGUCGAACGGCGAUGAGCACUAGCCUCUCGGAUAAUAAUACUGAUGAAGCUAAGAAGAUUAAGGAAUUGGUUGAAGAGAUGCAAGUAGCUGGAGAAAUGUUAUGUGUUGGGGACAUAUUGGGUCCAUUGGGAAAAUUUGACCUUCUUGGUUAUGGAAGAAAGCUUAAAAAAGCAAUUGGGAAGUUCGAUCAGUUGGUUGAAAACAUUAUGAAGAAACAUGAAGAUCAGAAUGAAACAGGAGAGAUUAGAAGUGGACAAGGGAAGGAUUUAAUGGAUGUUUUGUUGGAAACUAGCAACGACCCUAGUGCCGAAGUGAAGUUAACCCGGAAAGACGUUAAAGCCUUCUUUCUGGACUUGUUUUUCGCUGGAACUAACACAUCAUCGGUGGCAAUGAAAUGGGCCAUAGCUGAGCUGAUAAACCAUCCGCAAGUUUAUAAGAAACUGAGACAGGAAAUACAAUCAGUGGUGGGGCAUAGCAGGUUGAUAAAAGAAUCCGAUGUGCAAAAUCUCCCUUACCUACAAGCAGUUGUGAAAGAAACUCUAAGACUUCACCCUCCAACAAUCACGACCAUACGACAAAGCAGUGAAGAUUGCAAGAUCAAUGGCUUUUAUUUGAUGGCUAAGAGUAGGGUCAUAAUCAACCUUUACUCCAUCAUGCGCGACCCAAGCAAUUGGAAUAACCCGGAUGAAUUUAUUCCAGAGAGGUUCAUGGCCAACUCCGAUGAUCUGAACUCUAAUCUGGAUUUUAUGGAAAUGAAAGGACAGAAUUUUGAUUACCUCCCGUUUGGGAGUGGCAGGCGUGCAUGUCCUGGAGCAUCGCUUGCCUUGACAAUGAUACAUGCGACGGUUGGGGCAUUGGUUCAGUGCUUUGAUUGGAAAGUCAAAGAUGGAGAAUUGGUUGAUAUGAGAGAGGCAUCAGGGUUUGGCAUUUCAAUGGAAAUGGCGAACCCGCUCGUGUGUUAUCCAGUCACAAAAUUUAAUCCAUUUAAGAAAGUUACUGAUGCAGUUGAUGGAGCUGCUGGGAUGUCAACGACCAAACAAAACCACGAUUGCAAGAACCAAGAGAUUAAAUCUAAUUAA